GAGUUAACCAUGUGGUUGGAUAAACUCUGGCGUAAACGUGUCUCCUGUGAAACUUGUUAAUUCAUUUGCUUUGCUCUGAGCAAACUUUCAACACUACUUUCCACUGAUGUUGUUUAUCAAAGCUAGCUAGCUGAAGCGGCUAAACGGUUUAUUAUUAUUUAUUUUUUUUGUAACAGCAUUUAUGUUUCAGUUUUUACGUGAGUAAGAAACACACGGUUAGUGCAUUAAUAACUAGUAAACUUUGUAUAAGCAGUGUAUACGUGUUUGAGAAGAGUUUCCAUGUAGUUAAAGUUAAAAAGCGCGAGAGUGAAAGAUGCACCUGUUAGGGUUAGUCUGUAUUUGAACAAGAGCUUUGUUUUUUAAAAAAAUACUUUAACAUUUUAACAAACUGUGUUGGAGGAUUCUGUGGCGGUGUAGAUUAUUUUGCCUUGAGUGUGUAUGAAUAAUGUUAUUUAAACGCUGUUAGUUUGGGUGUGUGAACUUGCUUCCUGGUUUAAGGUGAAGUGACGGAACCUCCUCUCACUUCCGGCCGACAGGUAAACCCUGAACACGGCCAAAUCUCAGCUGAAACUUCGCUUCCAGAAGCCCAAACGCCCUGAAUACACAGACUAUCCUGACUGUUGGACUGAAGCUGUUAAACAUCAUCUGUAUUACCCUGACUGAAUCCUUGACUUCAGGCUCUUCAGUAAAGAGCGAUGUAUGAAAAUGUGCCUACAGUGUCAGCGACUGAGCAGCAGCAGGUGCUUCAGGCUGUGGAGAGGCUGCAGUCUAAGCUGGCUCAGCGUGAGGAAUGGACUCACAGCGAAAGGCUGGGAGCACUAAAGGAAGCACUACAGAGCCCUCUACUCGGGCGUAUCCUCACCCUGCAGCACUCUCUCAAACAGCUUAAAGACCAGCUGAACUGUAUACCUCCAGAUGCAUGCAGUGAGUUCAGUUUCUCCAAGAAAGGCCAGUUAAUUGUGAGUGCUAGUCGUCCUGCAAGCAGUCUGGGCUCCGUAGUGUCCAAUGGCACAGCCGUGUCUUCAGCAUCCUCUGAGCAGCUCCAGAGAUGGCUCCAUACGACAGCAAAGGGAAGACGGCUGGAGCAUGUGAACCUGCUGAGGCCUUUGACAGGAGGUCUAGGCUUCAGUGUGGUGGGACUGAAGCCGGAUGGAGUUGGCGCUCAUGGAGUUUUCGUUAAACAGGUGCAGCUGGGGAGUGUGGCAGACAGAGAUGGCAGAUUGCAGGAGAAUGACCAGAUUCUGGCCAUCAACGGGAUUCCCCUGGACCAGAAUGUUACCCAACAGCAGGCUGUUGCUUAUCUGCAGCAGCAGAGGGACAGAGUGGAGCUCGUAGUGGCCAAAGACUCUUCACUCAAACCACACCUCCCCCCAUCUGGAUCCAUUCAGACAGAACAAUGGGGGCAUAUGGAGGAGAUUGAGCUGAUGAAUGAUGGUUCAGGUCUCGGUUUUGGAAUUGUGGGUGGAAAGGCUGCUGGGGUGGUCGUACGCACUCUGGUGCCAAACAGCGUUGCGGAUAAGGAUGGGCGACUGAGGACUGGUGACCAUAUCCUACGGAUUGGGGAUACGCCCACGCAGGGGCUGACCAGUGAGCAGGUUGUGCAGGUGCUGCAGGCCUGUGGUAUCCGAGUCCGCAUGCUAAUCGCCCGAGACCCUCGGGGCAACGCACAUCCUCCCCCACCACCCCCACACGCUCCUACAACAGCACCCAUUGCCUCCGUGCAUCCUCCCAUACCAGCACGCAGAGCCAGCAAAACGAUAAACCUUGAGGGCCAUGAGAUUCAUGAAGUGUCACUGAAGAAGAAAGAUGGCCAGAGUCUGGGAAUUUCUAUUGUUGGCUGCAACACUUCAACCAGCGACGACGGAUUAGGGGUUUCUGUGAAGAGCGUCAUCCCUGGCAGUGCUGCCGAAAAGUGCGGGAAUGUCAUGGUCCAUGACAGAAUAAUAGCGCUGAAUGGCGUUAACCUGCAGGGCUUCACCAGCCAGGAGGUCCUGGAUGUGAUGAGGCAGACAGGUCAGACUGUGAACCUCACUCUGGUUCGCAAAAUCGCCUCGCCCAAGAAAUCUGCCGUGGAGAUAUCUUUGGAUAAAGUCCAAACAGAGUCAUCCCGAGUGUCUCUGAGGAGAUCUGCAGAGAUCAAGGUGAGGGCAGAUGUUCAGAUGGCCUCCGUGAUGGAGCCAGUGGACACGAGUCAGACUGCGAUCAAACAGCAGACGUCUGCAAGAGUUCGAGAGUCCGUUCCACUGACAGAGAUGGAGUUGCGUACCAAAUGGGAGCAGGCACUAGGACCUCAGUAUGAUGUUAUGGUUGUUGAACUAGACCCUGUCAUUGAGGAUGAUGCUGAGCUACAGAAAUAUUCUAAGUUGCUCCCAAUACACACCAUGCGUCUAGGUGUGGAGCUGGAUUCAUUUGAUGGUCACCACUACAUCUCUACUGUGGCCCCUGAUGGUCCUGUGGCCAAGCAUGGUUUACUGCGACCAGAAGAUGAACUUCUUGAGGUAAAUGGUGUGCAGUUGUAUGGAAAGACAAGGCGAGAGGCUGUAGCGUUCUUGCGAGAGGUUCCUCCUCCCUUCACUCUUGUGUGCUGUAGACGCCUCACUGAAGAGGGCACUGAAUACCAGCCCGAUGAUGAUGAUGAUGAUGAUGAUGAUGAUGAUAAUGAUGAUAAUGAUGAAUGGCGCUCCAGCAACCCUACAGCUAGCUUACAAGAUCAGACACAAGUGAUCCAGAAGGAGGAUGCUGGGCAGAGAACAGCUCCAGAGCAGAUCUUUGCUGAGAGGGAGGAGGACGAGAAUAGGGAGAGCGGAGAUGAAGAGCAUGAAGAGGAAGAGUUGGCUCUCUGGUCUCCAGAAGUGCAUGUGCUGGAGUUAGAGAAAGGCGAGCGAGGCCUCGGUUUCAGUGUUCUGGAUUACCAGGACCCUCUGGACACUACACGCUCUGUGAUAGUCAUUCGCUCGCUGGUAGCCAGAGGUGUUGCAGAGAGUCAUGGCGGCCUUCUGCCUGGAGAUCAGCUGGUCUUUGUUAAUGACACCUACCUGGACACCUGCACUCUAUCCCAGGCGGUAGAUGUCCUCAAGGCUGCACCACCAGGCAUGGUAUUCCUAGGCAUCAGGAAACCUCUAGGGGCAGAGGACAGGAGCACUGUGGAGAAUCCUGCAGAUCUUGAUGUGCAAGAACACACCCCCACCCAUCCUCAGCUACCUGUGUCUAAGGGCUUUGGGGAUGAUGCUGUCCUUCCAGAAGACAUUGAUGAUGAUGACCCAGAGCUGAUUCUGGAUAGUAACAUUCGUUAUGCCAAAUCUCGAAUCACUCUGGAGCUCCUGACAGGUGAAGAGAGAGAGAUGGCCGUGGAUGAGGAGGAAGAUGAAGAGGAGGAAAGAAACAGUUUGAGAAGUGAUCGGGACAGUCCACCGUCGUACCACAAUGAGCAGUCACCUUUCAGGGAAGAGGAAGCUAUAUCAAACCCCUACCAGACCUUUACCCAAGCUGAAAUACAGCAGCAGGUGGGGGAGGACAGUGCUGCAAAUAAAGAGGACUUUGAAACAGAACUGGAGUCAAGUAUAAAUCUCCAUCAGCGUCCCCUCAGUCAAUCGGCAAGGACAUGGCUGGAGUUAGCAGAGAGCGAGGUGGACUCAGAUUCCAGGAACGAAGGCUCAGAACUCACUCUGACUGACACGGACACAGAGUCUGCACAGCUGUCUUCAUAUGGCAGAAGGAAGAAGAGAAGUCAGGGCACUGCAAUGGGGCUGAUGAGAGACGAACACAGUGAUUUGCCAGAGAGAGAGGAUGGAGAGGGAGAGGAAACCCCCAUCUUCAGUCACUGGGGUCCCCCACGCAGAGUGGAGGUUUGGCUGGACCCUGGCGAGUCUCUGGGCAUCAGCAUCGUUGGCGGGCAGUCAGUUAUAAAGCGCCUGAAGAAUGGAGAAGAGCUGAAAGGCAUCUUCAUUAAACAGGUGCUUCCAGACAGCCCUGCAGGACGCACACAUGCACUCAAAACUGGAGACAAGAUCUUGCAGGUGGCAGGUGUGGACCUGCAAAAUGCCAGCCAUGAGGAGGCAGUGCAGGCUAUUAAAAGUGCUCCGAGCCCUGUGGAGUUCAUCGUGCAGAGCCUUUCAUCCACUCCCCGGAAACCAGAACAGCAGAGUGCGCCUCCCCCCAUGCGUCUCCCUCCGCCGUACAGACCUCCCAGCCUUGUGCUGGAAGAAGAGGAUCCUGUGGACGACAGAGAGGACAUCAGGCAGAAGUACAGCGAGCUACAAGGGGAGCUGCUGCUAGUGGAGCUGGAGAAGGAUCGACAGGGUUUGGGUCUGAGCCUGGCUGGAAACAGAGACCGCUCAUGCAUGAACAUCUUUGUGGUGGGCAUCAACCCCGGAGGACCAGCCAGCCGCGAUGGACGCAUCCGAGUGGGCGAUGAGUUACUGGAGAUCAAUAACCAGGUGCUUUAUGGGCGGAGCCAUCAAAAUGCAUCAGCCAUAAUAAAGAGCGCUGCAUCCAAGGUGAAGCUGGUGCUGCUCAGGAAUGAAGACGCUAUCAAUCAAAUGGCAGUUCCACCUUUCCCCUAUCAGCCUUCCUUUCUCUCCUCAAAUGAGAUUCAUGCGAGCCUUCCAGAAGCUGCAGUACCUGCAGAGAAGCCUCAGCCCCUGGAGUGUCUCCCAGAGCCCCUGCUGAGCAAGAUCCCGGAGGAGUCGAGUGAGGCCACUCCAGAGAGCGCAGUGUCUGCAGAGGCAGUUGUCAAGAGCUUCCAGGAUGGCGAGGCUGCCUCUAAGACGCUAAAGUCUUCAGAACGAACGUUAGAGACUGUGAGUGAGGAUGUUUCCAGACCACCAUUGGAAAAGACUGCUAGCCUUGCCAAAAGCCUGAGAAACUCCAGCAAGCUUCCAUCAACUUCUGUGGAUGUGGCAGCACUCUUGCCUCCAGUGCCUCCUUCAUGCACCAGCCCUGACUUUGAGUGCUGCAGCAAAGACCCUGCUACGUGUCCCAUAGUGCCAGGACAGGAGACUGUGAUAGAGAUCUCUAAGGGCCGCUCUGGACUCGGUCUCAGUAUCGUCGGAGGAAAAGACACACAGCUGGAUGCUAUAGUGAUCCAUGAGGUAUAUGAGGAGGGAGCAGCAGCACGGGACGGCCGACUGUGGGCUGGAGACCAGAUACUGGAGGUGAACAGCGUGGACCUGCGCAGUGUAGCUCACGAGGACGCCAUCACAGCUCUGAGACAGACUCCUGCUAAAGUGCGUCUGACGGUUCUGCGGGAUGAAGCGCAAUACCGUGAUGAGGAGAACCUGGACGUGUUCUCUGUGGAACUGCAGAAGAAGAGCGGCCGUGGUCUUGGCCUCAGCAUUGUGGGCAAGAGGAAUGGCACAGGUGUCUUCAUCUCUGAUGUGGUUAAAGGUGGUGCAGCUGAUGUGGAUGGCAGGCUCAUGCAGGGAGACCAGAUCCUGUCUGUGGAUGGAGAGGACAUGAGACGAGCUUCUCAGGAGACAGUUGCUGCUGUCCUUAAGUGUGCCAGGGGAAUGGUGCAGCUAGAGUUGGGCCGACUGAAGGCUGCCUCUUGGAUCUCCUCCAGACGCACUUCCCAGGGAAGCCAGAGUCAUGCAUGUAAUAUGACCAAUAGCAAUGCUGUGUCCCCCAUGUCUCCUCCCACUGCCCCACAACCCAGCCAGUUACCCAGCAGCACAAAGAGAACUGGAAACGAGGCCAACAGCAAGAGCUCUGUAGUUGAAACAGGCCUACGCACAGUGGAAAUCACUCGUGGCCCAACUGAUGCAUUGGGGAUCAGUAUAGCUGGUGGAAAGGGCAGUCCACUGGGAGACAUCCCCAUCUUCAUCGCCAUGAUCCAGGCUAACGGUGUAGCUGCCAGGACCCACCGCCUCAAGGUGGGCGACCGUAUUGUGAGCAUUAACUCUCGUUCUCUGGAGGGUCUGUCUCACGGGGAGGUGGUCACCAUGCUGAAAAAUGCCUAUGGCAACAUUGCUUUACAGGUGAUAGCAGAUACUAACAUCAGCGCCAUCGCCAGUCAGGUGGAGAGCAUGUCCUCAAGCUCCACCCUGAGCACCAACCCUGAGACCCCGAUUACAGAGCCAGAAACACCCAAGCCAAAGAGCAUCACUCUGGAGAAGGGCUCUGAAGGGCUAGGCUUUAGCAUCGUCGGUGGCUUCGGGAGUCCGCAUGGAGACCUGCCCAUCUACGUCAAAACUGUCUUCAGCAAGGGGGCAGCAGCGGUGGACGGGCGUCUAAAGCGUGGAGAUCAGAUUCUGUCUGUGAAUGGAGAGAGUCUGGAGGGAGCCACGCAUGAGCAGGCUGUGUCCAUCCUGAAGAAACAGAGAGGGCUCGUCACACUGUCUGUACUGUCUUAACACAAACACACACUCAUACAAACUGCCACGAAUUACACACACGCACACACACACACACGCACACACACACACUGCAUUCCUGUCACAAUCCAAGGAGUGGACUCUGAAACCUGGUACACAUGCACACAAACACACGUCUAGAAGAGGGAGCAUGCAUAGCACCUGAAUAAAAUCUCCUUCAAGCGUGUAGAGCUCCGUAACACAAACUCCAGCAGAGAUUUGUGUGAGAAUGAAAGUUAACCCCCUUGUGUGCACAUUUUUGAUCCAUCACUAAACAAGAAGGGAAAUUGAUCAUGACCGGUCUUAAAUCCUUUUGUUUCAUUCAGUUAAUGAGCAGACAUCAGGCGUGGAUGACUCCUAUGUCAAAAGCAAAAACUUUAUACAUUUAUCACAUACUUACAAUCAGUCCAAGCCUGUAUCCGAGCAGUUCAGGUUUAUGACUCUGUGGCAGAUCAGCCUUCUGAGUGAAAAUGUGAAGAAAUCUCUGCUGCACCUGUAGUCUAUGCAUGCUUAUAAUGGACAAAAAUGUUGACACAUUUCCCUGUACUGAGAUAAGAACAAAAAAACCAUGAACUGAAAGAUGUUCGAGAAUGUUACCAGAGAUGAUGUAAAGUUUCCAAAUUUCCAACCCUGCAGCAAUACAGUAAGUCAUUCUGAAAAAUUACUUUAUUCCCUAAUGGCAUCCAAACACCAUCACACCACACCAAAUCUGUCCUCUGUGAAAGUAUCUUAAAGGACAAGUUCUACCUGUUGAGAGCUUAGUUGUUUACAUAUGUGAAGCACAAAAGUCAUUAACUAUUAAAAACAUAUGGCUGGCACAACAGCAAAGGGGAGUGAGGACAGACACAAUGAAACGAAACGAAAAGGGUUGACCAUGGUAACAAUAUAUAUUUUUUAAUUGAUAGGAAAAAAAAGUAUAUCUAAUAUCUUUCUGUUUAAGAAUCAGUUACUCCAUGUCCACUGUACAAGGUGUCUUGAACCAGUAGAUUUCUUUUAAAGUUUUCCGUUUCUUCUUCUUGUUUAAGUGAAAUUCAGAGCUUAAUAUAUAAUCAUUUCCCAUGUUUUGCGUAAUUGUCCCAAAAACUUCCAUUAUAAGUGAGUUGCGAGUGAGCACGUUUUUAUGUUUUCUCAGUGUAGGGAAAUGUGUCAAAUCUUGUCAAUGGUAAUGACAUGUACUACCCAAAGAAAUUAUGUUGGAAAAACAUAAACAUUAUUUCUUUUUUUUUCCCUGCAAAGCUACCACUGGCUUUUUUGAUUUACCUGGAAACACUAAUUCAAUGCAGCACAGAUCUAUCAUUGCAAUAAAAACAUAAAUACUGAACACAUUCCCAGUAGUUAUUUUGGGAUAUGAAUGAUGAAUGGCAGCAGCCACUCAGUGAUUCCUCUGUGAAUCACUCGAGUGAUUUAACUAACACAAACAAACACACACACACACACACACACACACUUUCACCAGCUGACUGACUGUACACUUUAAAUCACUUUGCUUGCUAAUAAGAAUCAGUCGAUACUGAUGAAUGUUUAUACACACACACACACACAUACACUGUCAUAUAGAAUACUAUAGGGAUGAACUGUGAUAAGGGAUUAGUGCUGAAACGUUAUGCUGGCCUUAAUUAGAUCAUGCUGAGAAUUCUGUUCGUUUUUGUUUCCGGUGUAUAUGUGCUCUUCAUUGUUAUUGUCUCAACAUCACUAGAAGCAACAUGAUCUUUUGUAGUGAAGUGGAGUAAUUUAAAGCGCAGCGUUCGUGUUUCUGAUCAAAUAAUCAUGCCUGACUUCAGCGGUCAGAUUCACGAAGAAUUUUUGUGGUUAAUUGGGGGGGUUUUGUUGUUGUUGUUUUUUUUAACACUAAAAUUGUCAUCAGUGUUUCGUCAUUUAAUUGCACAAAUUUCGUCAGUGUAAAUAUGUAAUUUAUUUCCUUAAUUCAAGUUGAUUUUGUAGGCCUUUUGAACUAGCAUUCCUGUCAAUGUUGCAAUGAAGAUAGUAUGUGAAAUGUAUCAUUUUGCACUGUGUGUACCACAAUAUGAGGAAAUCCUGUGUCAGCUGGACUCCCGAUCUUCAAACGGAAGUGUGCCAAAUUCUUGCAAGACACUUGUAUGACCUCAGGGUCGUCAAAAAUGCAUGAGGAGGCUCUCGCCAAAAUGUCCAUGCUGAGGUAAACCACUUUCUGCAUUAUGGUUGUGCUCGACAUUUAUUUCAGAUUCAGCUUUAUAGCUGAAUCAGAAGCAUGAAAACACUAAAUUGGGUUUUCCCCAAACACACAAAGCUCAUUUAACUCAUUCUAGAGGUUCGAAAUCAGGAGUGUCUGAAUCAGAGAGCCCUGCAGAGAUUUGUCACUACGUCUCAAAUGGUAUACUUCACAGGCUUUUAGUGUGAGUAGCGUCUUCACACCACGAAAUUCAACAAGCUGUAAUGUAUUAUUAAUUCCCUGGGUGAUGUACUUACAAAGCCAAAAAAUGAAGCGUGGAACAAUGAAAACUUAUUGAACUACAUAAUGAAGCCAUUGUAGAGUGCAUUAUGUUUAAAAAGGGGCAGAGCCAUGAGAUCACCAGUGGUUAAUAAAUGUUGCUAAAUAUCCUGUGCAGGAGGUGAGAACAGUGCUACACCCUAGUUAAAUAUUGGCUGGUUGUAGGUUUAAAAAAUAUAUAUUUAUUUUUAAAAAAAUUUUUUUAAAUAAAUAUGCUAAUGAUACAAAAUGUUACAACUCCAGGGGCUAUAUACUCUAGUACAUAUAUUGUGCAGGUGCAGUAGUGUAUCAUGUUAGAAAAUAGUACCUAGUACACAUUUGAGGCCUUGAUAAGUAGCUGAUGAGUUAGAUCACGUGUUAAAUGAAGUAGAAUGCUAAUCUCUGUAAUGCUCUUACUCGGACACUCCUUCUCUAAAUGGUCCUAACCUUUCAGCUUAAUGGCCCUUCUGGGAUAAUGUGCAGCACUGUGGUUAAACUGGUAGAGGAUUUUCCCAGCGCAGACGUGUUCCUCUCGUCAGGUGCGCCCAUCAGAUUGAAGAGCGUUGUGCCGUAACUUGGCUUCCAUGUGCAGACUGUGCUUUCUCCGUACUGUCUGACAUGAAUUCCCUUUAAAACAUCUGUCCUUAUCCUAUGCUUGUUCUCUCUCUCUCUCUCUCUCUCUCUCUCUCUCUCUCUCUCUCUCUCUCUCUCUCACUUCCAAAUGUUAACUGUUCAACUGGAAAUGUUUCGUUCAUUGGUCAGUCUUUGUGAAAUGAUCAUGUAAUGUCAAAUCCCAAAGAAACUAUGUUGAGAUUCAUUAUAUUAGAUAAUGAGAGAUGAUCUAAUAAACCUGAUAUCUACAUUUAUCCUCUUGAUCUUUUUGUUCAUUUACACUUACAUUCUUUAUACCACAGGAGUGUCGAAUGUUUAAUUCUGAAUGAAUAGAAGGU